CUGGUAGCUACACAGUGGCGCUUUUGUUCCCUUCUGGGCUUCAGGCUGGCAGGUUCCUGUCAGACUUCGUCCUUUUCUCUCCCAGACGGAAGUGUAAGGCCGCCGGACUUAAAGAGAACGGGUAGGGGUGGUGGGGAGCAUCUUUGCUCUUGCAGCAGGGAGGAUUUGGCAUCCGGAAUCUGAGGACCCGGAUUCUAGUCGUGGCUGCUCUGUCCUGCUGUGCGACCCAAGGCCAGUCCCCACACCUAACUGGGCCUCAAUUCUUUCCUUCCGGAAAUGAAGGAGCUGCACUAGACUAGGUUGCUCACUGAUGCAGUCAGCAGAAAAUAUGAGUGUCUCUGGGAAAGAGUCCCUGUUCUUCAUCAGCCCUCCAGAUCUACAAAAGCUUUGUGCUGUUAAGGUAGUACUAAGUAACCAAGUGGCAGAGACAGAGAUUAGAAGCACACAGUUGAAAAUGUGCAGGCAAUUGCUAUUUAUGUACCAAGAGCUUCUAACAUCACCUGUUCCUGGACUAUUAAGCCAGAUUUGGGUAGUGAUGACGAUACCAUUUUACAAAUCAGGAAAACUUCAGGCCUAUACAGAAAAACAUGGAGCUAAGGUGGUGACUCCUCAAAAAGUAGUUCCUGCCAUUCUUCAAAUAUGUCUCUCCUACUCAGUCACAGCCAGACUUUCGCCAUCAUGGAAUAAAGCUGGUCAUUUGUUAGUUCAAGGGAGAGAUUUUCUUUCUCAAAUGGGAAAGCAAAGUGCCAUUGUUUUGGACUUCAAUGUGUCAGAAACCCAACUUUGCAUCAGUAUUGAAGCUUGUACAGUUAGACUACCACCACCCAAGCUAAAUGACUUUGACAUUUCUGAAAACAUAUUAAAGAAUUUUGAUGAUAACAAGCAUGCUAUUAUUGAGGGGCAUUCCAUUUUAAGCAACUGGUGCUAUGUCUUGCCAAGCAUGAAAAUGGGGCAAAUAACAAGUAUUCUUCAUACUGUUUCCCCUGAUUGUCCUUUUCGGUCACGUGAAGAUUUUCAGCUACAUUGGGAUAGUAUGUAUGGAUAUAGCCUCCCGGAGGAUUGUGGAAACAUGGAAAUAUACUGUACUAUCUACUUCAAAUUGAUAGGGGAAAGACUUUUCACGUACCCGCUUAGUUGCAUCAGAAGCCAACCUGUACAGUUUUUUCCAAGGGUUGAUGUGGAAAAUGUAUUGAAAAGCUUUCUUCUUGAUCUGAAAUCCAAACUCCCUCAUAUAUGUGGUUUUCCAAUAAAGAUGACAAAUAAGCCAUGCUACUACACUCAAGAACUCAUCAGACCUUCAUUACAGGGAAACAAAGAUAAAACUCCUAAUCUGAUUACCAGAAAAAUGUUUAGGGCUUCUCAGACUGAGGUCCCUUCCAUAAAACCCACCUUGGCUCAGAGUCCAUUAUCGACUACUCUGGCAUUUGACCACAAGAUGGAGCUUUCAGCCAACCAGCCAAAGCCAAGUAUUUUUUUAAAUCUUAUUAAUCAGCAGCCAGACUAUAAGGAUAAAGGCACAUAUGACAGAGAGUCACAGAUACCUUUUGAAGCAUGUGGGCACAAAAGCAGCAACAUUCAAGCUCAAGAUGUAAUUCCUGAUUACCAAAAUAAAAAUGCUUCUAAAAUCAUACCCAUUUUUAAAAGUAGACUGAUGCAGAUGAAUAAAAAUAUCCCAAAGACUGUUAAUCAGAAGAAAAAGCAGCAUAUUGGUACAGAAUCAAAGUUGUUUGCCAGCAAAUCUUGUGUGACCCAAGUUAAUAAAUUGAAUUUGGGCAAAUCUGAGAAAAAAAGGACUAAAAAUAAUAGAGCUUCAGUGCAUAUUGGAAAUGAAAAUCCAAGUAGUUUUAGAUCUCUACCAGACCUACAUACAAAGUCAAAUUUUUGUCUUUCUAAGGGCACAUCAUCAAAUGUGAGUUUAGGUGAAUGCAAGUUCCAGUUUUCCAGUGAUUCAGUAUUUCAGUUGUCAUGUAACAACUCAGACUUAAUUAGAAAUGUCACAAAAAUCCAAAAGAAAGAAAAUCUAGCAAGUCAGGAUCCUCUACUAGUUUUGGGAAAAGGCCAUGAAUCACUACCAAAAAAAAGACAAUUCUACAUUUUUGAGUCAGACACAGAAAUGGAAGAUUCCCAAAUACCACAACAGUCAGUAAAUCCAAUUAAAGAAGUAGGUUUAAAUAUUUGCCGAUUAGUAUCAAACAGAUCAGCCUCUAAGUCAAAAAGGAAAUUUCAUCAACAAUCACCAGAAGUCCAGAAAUCCCUAGACAUUUAUCCUGGGCUAUUCAACACUUCAGUUAACCAGGGAAAAGGAUUAAGUAAAUCAAAACCUAAGAAAUCCCAGAUGAUUCUAAAUAUUUAGAACAUGGACUUGGAAGAACAUCAAAAUACCCACCAGAUAAUCUUCAUUAUGGAAUGCAAUAUGGAACCAAGGAAGGCAUUUGUUACAUUUGCUUUAUCAUAGGCAUACUCCAAAGUCUUUCCUAGAAGCCAAAAAUGGAUUUGCUCAUCAGUUGAACAAAACUUGGAAAUAAUAAAGCCAUGGACAAAUGAUUCCAUAGUUUCUUAUAUCCUAAGGCUAUUUGGGUACCAUGAAAACUUAUACUAAUUGCUUUUUUAAACUUAUAGCAACAUGUCUAAGUUAAUGUUAUUAUUUAUCGUAAUGCAAUAUUUCAGAUGUAACCCAUGUAAUCUUUGAGUGUUUUAUACUUACUAGCAUUUGUUUUAUUUUAUAUCUACCACAGUACAUAAAUCAGAAGUAUGGAUAGCUCAAUUAACAGUUUAUUUUCUUACUAUAAUACUGUUCUUCAGGCCAGUUUUGUCUCUUUUGACAAAAAUGACUUGAAUUACUUUGUCAAAACUAGCAUUUAGUUUAUUUCUCAUUUAUAGAAUCAUUAGUGCAUAUUAAACUAUUCAUGUUGCAAUGUCCUCUGUAUUAUCUUAUUCUGAAAAAUAAACAAUAAGCUUACUAUAAGAUGUUGUCUUUUUUAAAAUGUCAGGUUCUAGCCUGGCACAAUGUAAGAAGACUCUAAAUAUGACCAUAGGGAUACCACUGCUCUAAUAGAUUUUAAGAGCUCUAUCAAAAUAUUCUUAAAGUAAUUGUUGAUCUACUAAUAUGAGUGGACUGAUGAAUAAAUAUUUUCUUAA